CCUCCCCCCCACCCCCGUCCUGGGCUGGCUCCCUAUGUUGGCCUUCCCUGGUCCUCCCUGGGGGUUGCUUCUGGUGGGAGCAACACGAGGGCUUGGGGAGCUGGGAAAUGGGUUGGGCAGGGACCAUCCUCCGGCAAGGCAAAGGGGAGAAGACGGCCCCUUGGCUCUCUCAUCUUGUAUCCAGUGUUCCUGCCCACCGCAGCUGGUCCUGUCCCCACCUCACCCUUGAGACCCGCCCCAUCCUCCCCUCCGUACCUCCUUCCCUCCGUCCCUCCUCCCCUUUUCUUCCCUGCUCUAGCUGCUGGCACCGCCGUGGAGGGGGCUGCAUACCCCUGCCCUUGGAGGUCCUGAUGCCCUUCAGGUCCAGAAGCUCUUGAGCAAAUAUUUGGUGGCACCUUGAGUUAAGACUGUGGGGUGGGGGGGUGGACCAAGGCUGCCUUCCUAGGCAGCGCUGCUCAGCAAGGCUGGGCUCUCACAAGUGCUGCAGUCGGCUGGGCUCCUGCAGGAUGACUCAGACAGAGCCAGAGAGCUUGGUCCCUGGGACGCCUGGGUUCCCCGAGCAGGAGGAAGAUGAACUUCACCGCACCCUGGGCGUGGAGCGGUUUGAGGAAAUCCUACAGGAGGCCGGGUCUCGCGGAGGGGAGGAGCCAGGCCGCAGCUAUGGGGAGGAAGACUUUGAGUACCACCGCCAAUCCUCCCACCAUAUCCAUCACCCUCUGUCCACCCACCUGCCUCCGGACACCCGUCGCCGUAAGACACCCCAGGGCCCAGGACGGAAGCCUCGAAGGCGCCCUGGAACCUCCCCUACUGGAGAGACCCCCACCAUUGAGGAAGGAGAGGAAGAUGAGGAUGAGGCCAGUGAGGCUGAGGGGGCUCGAGCCCUCCCACAGCCGUCCCCAGCUUCCUCUUCAGUGCAGUUCUUUCUCCAAGAGGAUGAAGGCAUGGACCGGAAGGCAGAGAGGACCAGUCCUUCUCCCCCUGCCCCCCUGCCCCAAGAGGCAGCUCCUCGGGCCACCAAAGGGGCCCAGAUUGGAACCCUGGUGGAGGAGGUGGUCGUGGUGGCCAGCGGCACAGCAGGUGGUGAUGAUGGCGGUGCCUCGGGACGCCCCCUGACAAAAGGCCAGCCUGGGCAUCGCAGCUACAACCUUCAGGAGAGGAGGCGCAUCGGGAGCAUGACUGGGGCCGAGCAGGCACUAUUGCCCCGUGUCCCCACGGAUGAGAGCGAGGCCCAGACACUGGCCACAGCUGACCUAGACCUCAUGAAGAGUCACCGGUUCGAGGACGUUCCUGGGGUGCGGCGGCACUUGGUGCGGAAGAAUGCCAAGGGGUCAGCACAGAGUGGACGGGAUGGGCGGGAGCCUGGCCCCACACCUCGGGCCCGACCCCGGGCUCCCCACAAGCCCCACGAGGUGUUCGUGGAGCUAAAUGAGUUGCUGCUGGACAAGAACCAGGAGCCUCAGUGGCGGGAGACAGCUCGCUGGAUCAAAUUUGAGGAGGACGUGGAGGAGGAGACGGAGCGCUGGGGGAAGCCCCAUGUGGCCUCCCUUUCCUUCCGCAGUCUCCUGGAGCUCCGCCGGACCCUGGCCCACGGGGCUGUGCUCUUGGAUCUAGACCAGCAGACCCUGCCUGGGGUGGCCCACCAGGUGGUAGAGCAGAUGGUCAUCUCUGACCAGAUCAAGGCUGAGGACAGAGCCAAUGUGCUGCGGGCCCUGCUACUGAAACACAGUCACCCAAGUGAUGAGAAGGACUUCUCCUUCCCCCGCAACAUCUCUGCUGGCUCUCUGGGCUCUCUGCUGGGGCAUCACCAUGGCCAAGGGGCUGAGUGCGAUCCCCAUGUCACUGAGCCUCUCAUUGGAGGUAUUCCGGAGGCCCGCCUGGAGGUGGAACGAGAGCGUGAGCUGCCUCCCCCAGCACCGCCAGCUGGCAUCACACGCUCCAAGUCUAAGCAUGAGCUGAAGCUGCUGGAGAAGAUCCCUGAAAAUGCCGAGGCCACAGUGGUCCUUGUGGGCUGUGUGGAGUUCCUCUCCCGCCCCACCAUGGCUUUUGUGCGGCUGCGAGAGGCUGUGGAACUGGAUGCGGUGCUAGAGGUCCCGGUGCCAGUGCGCUUCCUCUUCCUGCUGUUGGGCCCAAGCAGUGCCAACAUGGACUACCACGAGAUUGGCCGCUCCAUCUCCACCCUCAUGUCAGACAAGCAAUUCCACGAGGCUGCUUACCUGGCUGACGAGCGGGAAGACUUGCUGACCGCCAUCAACGCCUUCCUGGAUUGCAGUGUGGUACUGCCACCCUCAGAGGUGCAGGGCGAGGAAUUGCUGCGUUCUGUUGCUCACUUCCAGCGCCAGAUGCUCAAGAAGCGGGAGGAGCAGGGUCGGCUGUUGCCCAUGGGGUCCGGGCUAGAGCCCAAGUCCUCCCAAGAUAAGGCGCUCCUACAGAUGGUAGAGGCAGUAGGCGCAGCCGAAGAUGAUCCCCUUCGGCGGACAGGCCGGCCCUUUGGGGGGCUGAUCCGUGAUGUGCGGCGCCGCUAUCCCCACUACCUGAGUGACUUCCGAGAUGCACUUGACCCACAAUGCCUGGCUGCUGUCAUCUUUAUCUACUUUGCUGCCCUGUCUCCUGCCAUCACCUUCGGGGGGCUACUGGGAGAGAAGACGCGGGACCUGAUAGGGGUUUCAGAGCUGAUCAUGUCCACAGCACUCCAGGGUGUGAUCUUCUGCCUGCUGGGUGCCCAGCCACUACUGGUGAUCGGCUUCUCAGGGCCCCUGCUGGUAUUUGAGGAGGCCUUCUUCACGUUCUGUAGCAGCAACCACCUGGAGUACCUGGUGGGCCGUGUAUGGAUUGGCUUCUGGCUGGUGCUGCUGGCCCUGCUCAUGGUGGCCCUGGAGGGGAGUUUCCUGGUCCGCUUCGUCUCCCGCUUCACCCAGGAGAUCUUCGCCUUUCUCAUCUCACUCAUCUUCAUCUAUGAGACCUUCUACAAGCUGGUGAAGAUCUUCCAGGAGCACCCCCUGCAUGGUUGCUCAGUUUCCAACAGUUCAGAGGCAGACGGCAGCAGGAAUACAACGUGGGCUAGGGCAGGACCCACGCUGGAGCUGAGCAACAUGAGCUCAGCUGGGCAGUCUGGGCAGGGAAGGCUCCAGGGCCAACCCAACACAGCCCUGCUGUCACUGGUGCUUAUGGCUGGAACCUUCUUCAUUGCCUUCUUCUUGCGCAAGUUCAAGAACAGCCGGUUCUUCCCUGGCCGGAUCCGACGGGUGAUUGGGGACUUUGGGGUGCCCAUUGCCAUCCUCAUCAUGGUGCUUGUGGAUUACAGUAUCGAGGACACCUAUACCCAGAAGCUGAGUGUGCCCAGUGGAUUCUCGGUAACAGCCCCAGAAAAGCGGGGCUGGGUCAUCAAUCCCCUGGGGGAGAAGAGCCCCUUCCCUGUGUGGAUGAUGGUUGCCAGCCUGCUGCCCGCCAUCCUGGUCUUCAUCCUUAUCUUCAUGGAGACGCAGAUCACAACGCUGAUCAUCUCCAAAAAGGAACGCAUGCUGCAGAAGGGCUCCGGCUUCCACCUGGACCUGCUGCUCAUUGUGGCCAUGGGUGGCAUCUGUGCCCUCUUUGGCCUGCCCUGGCUGGCUGCGGCCACCGUCCGCUCUGUCACUCAUGCCAAUGCACUCACUGUCAUGAGUAAGGCUGUGGCGCCUGGGGACAAGCCCAAGAUUCGGGAGGUCAAGGAGCAACGGGUGACGGGGCUACUGGUUGCCCUUCUUGUGGGCCUUUCUAUGGUUAUUGGGGAUCUGCUUCGGCAGAUCCCCCUGGCUGUGCUCUUUGGAAUUUUCCUGUACAUGGGAGUUACCUCUCUGAAUGGGAUCCAACUCUAUGAGCGGCUGCACCUGCUGCUCAUGCCACCCAAACACCACCCAGAUGUCACCUAUGUUAAGAAGGUCCGGACCCUCCGUAUGCACCUGUUCACAGCCCUGCAGCUGCUCUGCCUGGCCCUGCUCUGGGCAGUCAUGUCCACAGCAGCCUCCCUGGCCUUUCCCUUCAUCCUCAUCCUCACAGUGCCACUGCGCAUGGUGGUGCUCUCCCGCAUCUUCACCGAGCGAGAGAUGAAAUGUCUGGAUGCCAAUGAGGCAGAGCCGGUGUUUGACGAGCGGGAGGGUGUGGAUGAGUACAACGAGAUGCCCAUGCCUGUGUAGCUGCCGCCUGGAGAGACAGCCAAGGGACUGAUGGACUGAGGAAACGGGCUGUGGGAUGGGCCUUCCCAUCCCCCUUUCCUUCCUUGUUUUUAUUUAAGUGAAUAAUUUAAUGUCCCCACCCCUGACCCCUCACCCCCCGCAGUAAAGUGCUUCAGCCCC